GCAGUCCCGCCCAGUCGUUGGUCAAUAUUGAUCUUCGCCAAUAAGCUGGGGGGUGAAGUGAAGUGAAGUGAAGUGAAGUGAGGUUCUCCUCAACUCGACCUCGCACGCUCUCCACUCUUGCUACUGCUCUUGUAGCGUUAAUUGUUCUGUGUACGCCGGCCACCCGUCAACACAGGCGUCCAGUCGAGUACGGAUAUCUUCCCCAUCCAGCCAGCCUGUGCGUUGCGUUCAUACUGUAGGAUGCGGAACGAACAAGAUGAUGAUGAUGAUGAUGCUGCUGCUGACGACGAUAUCCGACAUGAGUUUUGGUGGUGGUGAUGAUGAUGCUAUUGUUGUUUUGCCACGCCGCUUCAUCUGGUCUUCGUACAGUACAGUACAGUCUCUCUCCUCAUUCCUCCUGCUAAAACUUUUCCACACUGUUCCUGGUCGUCCACUAUUCUCUUUUGUUGAACUCCCUCCCUCCCAUGCUCGAAGGUCUUUCCCUGGCUCUGGCCCGCCGAGUCUGCCUCGAUUGCUGCUACCCAGCGGGUCUUUCUUGUCGUUGGGCGUGUUCUACUUACUGUUUCCAGUCGCAGCAGCAGUCCCCGUCCCUACCUAUGUCUCGCUGUUCCAGAGAGGCGACGCCUAUCAAACGGGUCCUGCACUUUACAGGCUGCGCCAAGACAGCGCUGGAGAUGGGCUAGCACAGGCUAAGGAUAGGAGGCUUCACACUAAAUCUACAGGCGCGCCUCCUCCUGUCCCCACCCCCCUCUCCUGUUGUGACUACUCGAGCUACUGUACAAUAUUCUGGCUAUGCCCUGUCUUCACUACAGUAUUAUUCUCCUACUGUCUGUACCGUGCCCUACCGAACCCACCCCCCCCUACCUAGCCUUCGUUCCCUUAGCCCUCCCUGGGAGUCUUCUCCCUUCUCCUAGACCUGGACCCUCUCGGUCAUUGGGGUCCUCGUCGAUGCAUGUUCCAUGCUCAUGCUGCCUACCCCUGCCCUUCCUCGCAUCACACUUGCAGUUCCUCCCCGUUCUUCCAUCUUGCUGCUGCUGCUGCUUGAGCUGGUCCUGCUUGCCGGCUCGCUUUCUCUCC